AUGGAGUACGCUCGCCGCAGAUUUCUCCUUGUGUGCUCAUUUCUUAUAAUGUGCCUAUGCAGAGGCACGAGGGGCGAUGAGUUAACAAGUGAUUUCUACGAUGACACGUGCCCCGGCGUGUAUGCCAUCGUACAGCAGCAUGUAUUUGAUGCCAUGAGGGAUGAGCUGAGGAUGGGGGCCUCCCUGCUCAGGCUCCAUUUCCAUGACUGCUUUGUCAAUGGGUGUGAUGGUUCGAUCUUGCUGGAUGGUGAGGAUGGCGAGAAAUUUGCGCAGCCCAACCAGAACUCUGUUAGAGGGUACGAGGUCAUCGAUGCGAUAAAGGCCGACCUCGAGAGCAUGUGCCCCGGGGUGGUGUCUUGUGCCGACGUUGUAGCUCUUGCAGCUGGCUAUGGAGUACUCUUUAGUGGAGGGCCUUACUACGAUGUUCUUCUAGGGAGAAGGGACGGUCUGGUGGCGAACCAGGCUGGAGCUGACAACGGCCUUCCCUCGCCGUUCGAACCGAUCAGCUCGAUCGUACAGAAGUUUGCCGAUGUUGGCUUAGACACGACAGAUGUCGUGGUCCUAUCAGGUGCCCACACGAUCGGGCGAGCCCGGUGCGUGCUGUUCAGCAACCGCCUGACGUCCACCACGUCCUCGGCGGACCCGACGCUGGACUCUACCAUGGCCGCUGUCCUGCAGAGCCUCUGCGCCGGCGGGGACGGUAACCAGACCACUGCCCUCGACGCCAACUCCGCCGACGCGUUCGACAAGCACUACUUCCAGAACCUGCUGACCAAGAGGGGCCUCCUAUCCUCCGACCAGGGCCUCUUCUCCGGCGACGAGGACAUCGUGGCUAGCACCACCAUGGCGCUUGUGCAGAAGUACAGCGACGACGGCGAGCAGUUCUUCGCGGACUUCGGCGCCUCCAUGGUGAAGAUGGGGAGCAUCAGCCCCUUGACGGGGGACGAGGGAGAGAUCCGCUGCAACUGCAGGGUUGCCAAUUGAGAAACAGCGAGUAGAGUCAAUCAUCGGAUGCUAAAUGAAACUAUCCACUCGGUUAAUAAAGCACCAGUGAGAAUAUAAUCCCAGAACGUUUAGUCCAUCCACCAUAAGGUGCACUGGUGCUAGCCGGUAGAACACUGGGUAUUGUUACUUCAUCCACUGCCUAGAUGAUCUUACAAUAAAUUUAGUGCAUAAAACAUAUUCUUGCAUGCGUGUAAUACGGGAUCUUUCACGUCCAAGGAAGAAGGUGAAGAACCAAUAAUGAUCUAAUUAUGUUUCUGGUUUGGUUGUGAGCUGAUGAACAAUCAAUCAAU